GCUGUGAGCACGCAGCCGAGCAUAUAGGAAGCGGCAGUCACUGCAAGGCUGAAAGCUAAGCGGUCUGCUCCGGGAGAGCCUCAGUGCGCCAUGGAGUCAAAGUGAGGUUGAACGAGCCGGAUUCCAACCUCCGUCACACUUGGAUAUAACUAGGCUGCUUGUGUCCUCAGUGUGUGAAGACUACAAGUUACGAUUAUUUAGGAUUUAUACGCACACUUUCUAUCUCUCUCUCUCUCUUUCUCUUUCUACAUCUCUCGCGUGCACAGGAGUGUAGGCGGGCGUUGUGUUAUUGAGCUGUCAAGACCGGAAUACAUCCAUCGUGUGGUGUCGAGCAGUGGCUGAGAGCUAGCCUGGUGGCAUUCAUUCUUGCAGUAGCCGAGGAUUGCACGUUGGGGUGAGGCGACAGCUUCCCCCGGUAAUAGAGCCUGGUCUUCCGGCGUGGCGUUGGAUGUGUGCAUAGUGAUCUAACCAGCAAUGGCAGACGCAGGGGACGGGAUUGCGCCCCAAUUCGCUCAAAAGCCGCAAAUCAAGCAGGCGGACGAUGGCAGCAAGAUCAUGUUCAGUUGUCGCGUACUUGCAGAUCCAGUACCGACCAUCAGCUGGUUUCACAAUGAGAACGCCUUGAGUGAUGGAGGUCGUUAUCACAUCUUCACGGAGACGGAUGGCAACUCCUACACGUGCGGUCUGGAUAUUACAGACAUUGCGUUAGAGGAUGGUGGCAAGUACAGAGUUAGCGCCAAAAACACCCUCGGAGAGAGCAAUGCCACCAUAAAUCUAAAUUUCGGAACUGAUGCGGAUGAGGAUGAAGCGGCAACUGCAGGGAAGCCCUCGUUUACGAAGAAGCCUGCCAUCAGACAGGAGGGUGACCUUCUCAUCAUGGAAUGCGAGGUGAAUGCAGAUCCCACCCCGCAGAUAGCGUGGAUGAGGGGCAGCGAUCUUGUUGAGGAAGGCGGACGCUUCCACAUGACGUCGAAGAGCCUCGGCGACGACCUGUACCUGGUAACCCUAGUGAUCACGGAACCACAAGAUCAAGACGGCGGUACCUAUAAAUGCAAUGCGGUCAACGACAAAGGAGAGAGCAAUGCAAAUAUUGCUCUGAAUUUCGCUGCCGAACCAGAAGAGAAUGGGCCAAAAGGGGAUGCGCCAAAUUUUGUAUCCAAGCCCAAAAUCAUUCCAUCAGAAGAUGGCAGUUUGAUUACCCUGCAGUGCCGAGUAAAGUGCAAGCCGGCACCCACUUUUGUCUGGCUCCAAAACGGCAAGGAAGUAAACGCCGGUGGUCGCAUUACCAUCGAAAUGACACCAGAUGGUGACGAUGUUUACACGAUACAGAUGGAAAUAAGGGACCCCGAGCCAGCUGAUGGAGGCCAGUACAAGUGCACGGCAACUAAUGAGUUCGGAGAGAGCAAUGCAAACCUGACUCUCAAUUUUGAAGCGGAGCCAGAGAAACCAAAGGGUGCGGCUCCAGCAUUUGCUGAGAAGCCAAAAAUCAUUCCCGAGGAUGGAGGAAAACUCAUCGUGAUGGAGGUGCGGAUCCUGUCCGACCCAGCUCCAACAGUCACCUGGUACCAUGGCAACGAGGUGGUGCAGCUUAGCAGCAGAGUGGCCAGUAGCCUUAAGCUUCAAGAAGAUGUAUAUAUUGCGCGCUUAGAAAUUAGAGAAGCUAGCGUUGACGAUGGCGGCAUAUACAGAUGUAACCCUAAGAACGAACAUGGCGAGAACAAUGCCAAUCUAACUCUAAACAUCGAAGGCGAGAAGAAGCCGGAAGGAUCAAAACCAGUCUUCACAGCCAAGCCAAGCAUUAGUCAGGACGACAGCGGCCGUAAUGUCAAGGUCGAGUGUCAACUGAAGGCGAAGCCAGAAGCGAAGAUCACGUGGUACAGGAACAACGAUUUGAUUCAUGAAAGCACCCGGCGCUUUAAGCAGAUCACAACGACAGUCAGUGACGAGGAGUACAUUAUCCAACUGGAAAUAGUAAACGUAAUAGAAGAUGACACCGGCAAAUACAAGUGCAAUGCUACGAACGACCUUGGUGAAACCAACGCUAAUAUUAACCUCAACUUCGAAGGUGCGCCCGCAGAGCCUCCUCCGGAGUUUGGCGACGCCCGCAUUAAGCAGAAGAGAAAGGGUAAGACGAUUAUCAUCGAGUGUGAGAUCAUCUGUAAGAAUGAGCCGACUGACAUCCAGUGGUUCCAGGAUUCGAGCAAGGUGUCCAUAGACCGCCGUCACACUCAACGCAUCGUCAGGAUACCCGGCGACGACGAAAUCAGAUAUAUCAUAAUUAUGGAAGUCACAGAGGUGACCGUGCAAGACAAUGGCAAGUACAAGUGCGUUGCGCGCAAUCAGUACGGAGAGACGGACACUGCCGUGACCGUUAAUGUCUCAGAGAGCUACGAGAUGGUACAGGAAGAAGAAGACGAACAAACUGAAGUAACGGUCGAAGACAUCGAACCGCCAUCUUUUGUCACCAAGCUGCGUCCAAAAGAGGCCAAAGUUGGAGAUUCUGUCGCAUUUAUGGCCAACUUUAAGGGAGUGGCAACUGAAGUCAACUGGUACAAAAACGGCAAACUCAUUAAACCGUCAAAGAAUUACAAGAUCACGCAAGAGAACGACACCUUGAGACUGUUCAUUGUGGAAGCAAGCAGCUCUGACACGGGUGAAUACACAGUAGAGAUCGCCAACGACAAAGGAGAGGAUGCUUGCAAGGCCUCCCUGAACGUUGAAGAGGAGAAGAAAGACGAAGAGCCAGAGUCUAAAGAGAAGGACGAGGAUAUUGAAGCGAUAGCGAAAAAGGAAGAAGAAGCUAAGAAAGCAGACGAGAAAAAGAAGGCGGAAGAAAAGAAGAAAGCAGAAGAAGAGAAAAAGAAAGCAGACGAGGAAAAGAAGAAGGCAGAAGAGGAAAAGAAGAAGGUAGAAGAAGAAAAGAAAAAAGUAGAAGAAGAAAAGAAGAAAGCAGAAGAAGUUAAGAAAGUAGAAGAAAAGAAGAAAGAAGAAGAAAAGAAGAAAGCAGAAGAAAAGAAGAAAGAAGAAGAAACGAAGAAAGACCAUGCGAAUAAUAAGGGCAAGAAAAAGAAGGAGAAGAAAACUGGUGACGAUGCGAAGCAUGACGAGAAAAAGAAGAAGAAGAAACCUACUGAAGCGAAGAAGGACCACGAUAAACCGACGGAUAAAGUCGAAGCUGAAAAAGCAGAGACGAAAGUGAAAGGGGACUCGCCGACGUCUAAGGGGGAAAAUGUGCCGAAGGUGGUCGUAGAUGAUGAACACGCGGCAAAGGUACAGUAG